AUGGCAGGCCAUCCGCAAUCUUUUCUGGUGGAACUUCAGGACCUCACAAGGCUGAUUCUGGCCGAUAAUUUGCACCCAAACGAAGGGGCUCUACCGGAAGUCGGAGUUGACGUUACAAUCGAUGAAUUGGCCAUGAGGCCACUAAAUGACGCCUAUCAGGUUGUUUUUGAAGGGCAUCGCAUCCAUGUGGACUCUUUGGAUUGGCGCAAUAGUUGGCUUUUGAGAGCUCAGAUCACGAUAGGAUGGUGUAUAUUCAUUUUGUUCGGCCUUGGAGAACAGACCUUGGGAACUAUCCUUCCCCGAUUGCAGAAACAUUAUGGGAUUAAUGAUUUAGAUACUGCUUUCAUAUUUCUUGCUGCAACAUCAGGUUACUUCGUGAUGGCCAUGGUGUCUGAAAAAUGCCACUCGAAAUACGGCUACAGAGGAGUUGGAGCAAUUGGAACAGGUUGUAUGAUCACAGGAUAUGUCAUUGCCGGAACCGGUCCCUAUUUUCCCUUCUUCAUUUGUGCCUACUUCAUCGUUGGCGUAGGUUUUGGCUGCUUGGAUGCAUCAUUCAAUGGGUACAUUGGAAACCUUGUUAACAGCGCUCCCCUACUCGGAAUUUUGCAUGGCUGUUACGGAAUCGGCUGUAUCACAACGCCUCCAUUAGUCACUUCUCUCAUAGAAAGGAAGGACAAGCCGUGGAGUAUUUUCCACUACUACUUUGUCCUAGCUGGGUUGGCUGCGACUAUGAUGGCAAUCAUAGGCUUUGUUUACAGACAUGAAUCGGCCACGAAGUACAGACUCAAUAUUUUGUUGAACGAGGCUCGGCGUGAGUUCAGAGAUGGUAUCAACAGUGAGCCCAAGGAUGGUUCUGAAGCAUCCAAUACAGAGUCUCUCAAAAAUACUUCAAAUGAUAUUGACGGUAGGAUGGGACCAGUCAAUAGUAAUGACUCUUUUGCUGUUCCGGAACCCAAGACCUCUGCUUUGAAAUCAAAGCUAGUUUGGUCUCUAGCAAUCAUAAUGUUUGUCUAUGUCAGUGGAGAGGCGGCUUUCGGCGCAUGGCUUGUCUCUUAUUGCAUAAGAAUCAAGCAUUUUGCAUACCAAUAUUCUUCGUAUAUGGCUUCUACAUUUUGGGCGGGACUCACAAUUGGAAGAAUGGUUCUAGGUUUCGUUACAGAAUUUUACUUCAAUGACGAACUAGUUGCCAAUACCACUUACAUAGCGGGAUCCUUGAUCGGACAAACGGUGUUCUGCAUUGCAGUUUUGUUCAGUUUCCCAGCAAUUUUGUUUCCGAUCGUCUUUCUUCUGGGUUUCUUUGUCGGUCCAAUAUUCCCAACAACAAUUGUGGCAACAGUCAACAUCUUGCCCGUUCAUCUUCACGCCAGUGGAAUAGGCUUUAUUUGUGCUUUCGGAGGUGGAGGCGGAGCAGCUGCGCCAUUUUUGAUCGGCUUGGUGGCUAGUUCAAGUGACCAAGGUCUUCGUUUCUAUCCACUCAUUUGCGCGCUCCUUUACGUGCUUUUGAUCGUCAUGUGGACCGCAUUGAUAACGUACACAAAAAGAGGCAAGAAAAUCAGAGUGAGUGCUUAG